CGAUUUCCACGUCCUCCCACUUCAAAUUGUUUUCGGGCUCUCUGAACACGUGUUAGAAAUAAAGCAACGUUUUGUGGGGUUAACUGCGUCCUGAGGAACACGGCGCGGUACAAUCUGCGGUUAGCAAGCGGGUCAAACAGGCGCUGCUGAGCGACAUGUCAGCGGGAGGCCAGACCACCACGAGCCUGGAGAUCCCGGCUGUCAGGCGCGUGGCCAUCCACGAUGCUGCGCACAUGCCCCACGAAUACUCCACUACCCCGGGAGGAACGCUCUUCAGCACCACACCAGGAGGAACAAGAAUCAUCUACGAAAGGAAGUUCCUCCUGCAGUGCAGGACAUCUCCUCUGGCUCGAACACCUCCCAAUAACCUCCCUGAUAUUCCAGGAGUCACAAGGCCCCUUAACUCCGACUCCUCCCACGACACUAAAAAUCCCGUCGAGGCCCCCACCACCAACAACCACGACACUGACGUGCAGACAGAAGAAGGUGAGGAUGCCCAGUUUGAAAUGGACAUUUAAAAGGAUUCAAGGACAGAAGUGAUCCCAUCAUCUCCACAGCUCUAGUUUCCUACAGAAAAAAUGCAUUUUAGUUGAUUUGACAAAGUCUUAUACGCUUAUUAAGAUUUGUUUUGAACUUGUUUUUUGUGGAGCUCACCAUGAUUUAUAAUGAUGUACUUCUAUAACACAACCUUAACUGAUGCAUGGCCCUAUUCACUUUGAUGUCACGUUGUUAGACAUAUGACAAGUAAGGGCAGUUUUCAUCUAAAAAAAUGUUUAUCAGCUUUAAGGGGAAACAUGUAGAGAAAAGUUGCUAUUUGCAAUAACUACGUUUGGCCACAUGGUGGCACCAAACAUUUUUUUAACCACAGAGUUAAAAAUAUUCUAAUUUAUUGAUUCCAAUUUUAUCUAGAAUGAUUGCAAUCAUUAAAACAGUUUUUGCAAACGUG